UUGAAGUACAAGUUUCCCUUUGUAUCCGGAUCAAACCGACCAAGCCCCGGGUCCACUACUAUAUAUUUAACCGUACACUGUCAUUACCUUAACGUUCUAAUUUUCUCUGCUCCCGUCUUUUCUUCGUUUCGUUUCUCUGUCCUGUAGAAGAUUGUACUAGAUUCGUUCUCUGAUCUUGAUCUGUGAAGAAAUGGCUCGUACCAAGCAAACCGCUCGCAAAUCUACUGGUGGAAAGGCUCCCAGGAAGCAGCUUGCCACCAAGGCUGCAAGGAAAUCGGCUCCAACCACUGGCGGAGUCAAGAAGCCCCAUCGUUAUCGUCCAGGAACAGUUGCCCUUCGUGAAAUUAGGAAGUACCAGAAGAGUACUGAGCUUUUGAUCCGGAAAUUGCCAUUCCAGCGCCUUGUUCGUGAAAUCGCCCAGGACUUCAAGACUGAUUUGAGGUUCCAGAGCCACGCGGUUCUUGCACUACAAGAGGCGGCAGAGGCUUAUUUGGUGGGUCUCUUCGAGGAUACCAAUCUGUGUGCCAUUCAUGCCAAGAGGGUGACUAUUAUGCCCAAGGACAUUCAAUUGGCUCGUCGUAUCCGCGGUGAACGUGCUUAAGAUUGGCCCUGGUUCUGAAGGAUUUGAUAAUUGUUUUUUGGAAUUACCUAUUCCUGUUGGGGGAUGUCUGUUACUGUACAGAAUUUAUGGAAUAGUUAAAUCACUUUGAUUUACGGAUAGCAUUGGAUAAUUUUGAUUACAGGAUAUGAUUGAAUCCUAUUUUGUUUUGUUUUUGACUUUUAAUGGCAAUUUUCUGGAGUUGUGAUGCAUAAAUACUCAUUAAAUUUCCGAAGA